AUGAAUAUUGAGAUGUAUGACAUUAAAGAACCAGUUGUUCUCUAUUUAGUGAGGAAAGGAAAGAAAUGGAGAAUAUAUCAGUGCAUUGAGAAUGAAGAUUAUAAAGAGUUCGAGAGAACUUUAGAUGUCUUUAACGAAUCACUUGAUCCUACUACAGCAAACAUGUCCGAGUGUAAACUCUAUGAACUAAGCUUUGAGUUUUUUAACGCUCAAAUUAGAAGAAAUUUACAUCCAAAAAUGAUUUUAUGGUCAAGGCUGAUGAUGUUGGUCCAGAGUCACAAACCGGAGAAUCGCGAGGUAGAGUGA